UCGUCUGAAAUAUCACCUUCCUGUCUUUUAAAUUGUUACAGUAUUUUUUUUUCCCAGUUCACUACUGCAAAGGAAACCCAUCUGAUACAAGAUACUCUCCAGUGACUCAGUCUCUCUCUCCCCUCAUUCAAAUCAUUUUUUUUUUUUGUGUUAACGAGCGGUUUGAAACUCAUGAAUCUCUUGCUUUUCCACUCUACUCCUUCACACAAUCUCCUCCAAUUUUCAUCCCAAUUCAAACCCAAAACCCCAACGCCUAUAAUCAAACCCAUUUCAAUCUCAGCUCAUUCACUCCCAGCUCGUGACAGAGUCAUCGACUUUGGGAAACACAAAGGCAAAAUGCUGGGAACCCUGCCCUCCAAUUACCUCAAAUGGGUCUCCAAGAACCUCAGAGCUCGCGACUUCGAAGACUGGGCUAAGCUCGCCGACGAAGUCCUCGAAGACCCAGUUUACAGAGACCGAAUCGAGUGGGAGUUCGCUGACAAGGUCCUAAACGGCGACCUUCCCUCGACGUCGCAGUCGAGACCUGACAGCGGAGUCUCUGAGUUGGUUGAGAUCAGCCAGAGGUUUGGUUGGGACAACGACGACAAGGUGGGUUGGGGUCGGAUCGAUUUUGCGCUUCUUGGGACCUCCAAGGGCGGGCGAAUACCUAGGGUAUCUGAGAGUAGCAAUGGCGGUGGAGAGAGAAAAUUGAUGAGAUUGAAGAGAGAGAAAGUUGGGGGUUGUGAUGGAGGAGAGAAGAGGAGAGAGAGGAGAGAGAGAGUGAGGCUGAAGAGGAGUGGUGGUUCGCGAUUGGGAGGGAUGGGGAUUCAAGGGAAAGGUAGGGUUAGGUUUGACGACGACGACGACGAUGACGAUGAGGAGGUAGGGGUCGAGAGAGAAAAGAAGAAGAUGGAUGAUGAUCGGACGGUGGAGAGUCGUAGUCCGUUCCCUGGACGUGAAGCGCUUUUGAAGAAGGUGCUUUUUCGUAGAAGUUUGUAUAAUAAUAGUGGCUAGAAAUACUACAUUAAAUUUGUGUAUUUCAAUAAAUAAAAAAGGAAAAAUAUGAUUAGAAAUAUGUAUUUCAAUCACAAAAAUCUGUUUUUAUGAGGACUAAUUAAUAACCGUCAGUAAUAGUAAUACCCAUUUGUUUCAUGCAAUUUUAUUUAUUUUUCCUCGGACAAGUUGUUCUACAACUGUCUUCUUUCUCCACGGUAAUUAUUACUAGUAUGAUUUUAUCGGUGUGAAUAUAUACCUUUUAUGUUUAAUGUAGUUAUCAAAAUUCUUAUUAUUAUCAAAAAUAUGUCAUACAUUAUCUCUCAUGAACAAUUAUAAAAAAAAAAAUAUUCAAACACCCAACACUAGUCAAUUGAGAGCAUUGUAACUUCUUAUAAUGGUAGCCCCUCUUUCUCUUGGGUGAAUAUAUAUAUAUAUAUAUAUAUAUAUACACACACACGCGCACAUUCUAAUCAAGUGGCCACUGUUGUGGCAUCAUCCAAAUAUCAACACAAACUCUUAAGACAACACAUGUGUGGGCCACUUACUUAGUAAAGGAAAGAAAAGGACUAAUGAGAUUAGUGUGCCACGUGUCAACUGAUGAAUGCCUAGUCACUCCCAAAUUAAUCAAUUACGGAGUGUAAUUUUUCUAUUUCUGAAUUGAAAUUUGCUUUCUACUUUCAAUAACAAAACUUCUUAUUUUAUCAUUAAAAAUGUGAGAUGGGACCUCACAACAAGACACAACUCCUGUAGCUGCCGUUCCUCUUUCUCUCAAGUCCAAGUGAACAACAGCCCCUUCUCCCCAUUUUCAGG